AUGCUCAGAGAAUUCCAAAGAUUUAACUCGUUCCAGCAAUGCCUUCCUGGCCUCUUUUUCUUCUUCAAUCCGGGCCUUGCCCUGCUCAAGUGCACUGCUCUUAAUCUCAAGUGAUGCAAUCUUUCUCAGAAGAUCUGCCAUUUCCUUCUCCUUUUCCAUUGUCAGUAGAAUGAAGCUGAUUCUUGUUUGCUCGAGGGUUACAAAAGCUUCAAUUUCUAUUUUUGAAAGGUAACGAAGAAGGUUAUCAAAUUCUCUUUGUGUACCUUUAAGUAUGUUCUCCUUCUCUUUCAUGCUUCGAUGGAAUCUAUCCUUCUCCUUUCUGAGAGUCUCCUCAGCUGCCAACUUUGUCAACACCAAAGCUGCCGAUUCUUUAUUCAUCUUAUCUUCUUCAUCUUGAGCAAUACGUUGCUGAAGAUCAUCUAUUUUCCUAUCUCUUUCUUUGAUAAUUCUGAGAAGGUCCCCUUUUACUUGCUCAUUGGACUUCUCAACUUCCAUUUUGGAAAGAAGUGUUGUUUCUAAUUCUCUACGGAUAUGCUCACAUUCAUCAUGAUAUAGUUGUAUUUGAUCUUGGGCAUCUAGUUUCGAUUUUUCCGAUUUUUCAGCAGCUAAUUUGGAAUGCUGCAACUCGAAUUUGACCGACUUCAAUUCCUGUUCUUGUUCAGCACGAACAAAAUUUGCUGCAUCCAAUGCGUCUGAGAUUUUUUCCAGUGCCUCCCUGGAAGAAGAUUCCUUCUGAAGAAGCAGUGCUUCAAGAUUAUGCACAUGCUCAGAGGACUUCUGAAGCAUUUCUUUGUAGUCAUUAAGCUCUUUCUGAAUAAGGAAGUGUUUCUGCUCAUAUACUUCCAAAGAUUCAACUCUUUCCAACAACAUCUUUCUAGCCUCCUGUUCUUCUUCAAUCCGCAUAUUAGCUCGAUCAAGUGCACUGCUCUUGCUCCUAACCUGCUCCUUCAGAAGUGCGAUUUGUCCAACCUUUUCAGCUAUGUACAGUUCCACUUCAUCUCCCAUCCUUUCAAUAUCUGACUGGAUCUCUGGAUACUUUGAGAACAAAACUAUGGAUAUGGCAUUCGACUCCUCCACUUCCAAUUUUAAUUGAAAAAGAGAGCAACAGGUGGCUUCUAGUUCUGCCUCGAAUGCCUGAAGCUGCUUAUCUUUGCAACUAAUUUGGAAAAUACACUCGUUUAA